AAAGAACAAAAUUUUAUACGACAAGAUGAACGUACAAACAAAUUUAUACUUUAAAGACGAUUUUUCUCUUGGUCCCGGCUUUAAAACAAACCUUACUGUCAGCUUAACAAGCGAUUCAAUCACUUACGAAUCUAAUUCGACGAAAACUAGUCAAAAAAUUAAAUUGGAGGAUAUUAUAGGAGCCACAGCGAGACAGCUUCACACAGGCAAUGACAUCGAAUCGGCUUAUAUUCAUAUAUAUUCAUAUCCUUUAAAGAAAAGAGUGCUUUCUACGACAGCAAAAAGGCAGAGACUCGAGCAUGUGUUUGCUGUUUCGGGCAAGGACAGUUCUGUCGCAAAUUUAGAGAUCGCUGAAAAAUGGGUUCGAUGUAUUAAAUGGCUUUUGGUAAAAAAUUCUGAUAUAAAUUUGGCAACAACACGCGAAGGUUUGUAUUAAUGACUUUUGCUCUGUUUUUCUACGUGUUUAUGCCUAGAAUUGUGCUGUAUUUUAGCUUGGACUGGGUCUGCCCAGAAAAUGUCAUUGAUAUAUUUUUAAAGUCAUGAUCUGUUUAUAUUCUGAAGUGGCAUAUUCCUGAAAUAGUACAUAGUAUGCACGUUAGAUACAUUUUAUUUGAAAAUGUAAUAACUAUUGACGUUGGCUAUAAAUAUAUAUACUUUUAAUAUGCCUAUAUAAAGGUUAUUCAGCUGGUUACAUUAGGGUUAAUAUUGAUUCUAAGUUGUGUUUUCCGGCAGGUGAGUUUGUAAAUGUAUCAGUACAGACCACAUUGCGUUUAUAACUAUAGUUUUAGCCUGAAUUAUUAAAAUGCUUGUGAAUAUUAAUUGAAAGGUUACCAUGGGUCAAUGAUUUCUUCACAGAGAAAUAUUUAAAGUUCAGUUAAUGGUAAAUAAUUAAACGUAAUGGUAUUUAUCAUUUGGAAAAUUUAUAAUCAAAAACAGUAAGAAUUCAGUUUUUUGAUGAAUAGAAAAAGUUUUGCUAUGAAUUGUACUUGGUAACUCUUUAUUGUCGAUUUCAGAUCACUUUUCAAAGCGUGGUUCCCAAGUUUGUUGUCAACUUGCCAAUUACGUUAUCAAAUUCGGAACGUGGGCGGGAACUUCGCAACAAAUUUUGCAAGUUAAUUUCAAAGUUCGAACUUCGAUUGUAAACAAAUGUACAAAUUUCAUUUAUCAAUUUAUUUACAGUCAAACCGGAUGCUUUCUUGCGAGCAAUAUUGUCCCACAAUGUUGCAAUUUUGAUAGGCAGAUUGCUCUGAGCAAAUUGUAACCGACACGAACAAAUUGCAAGUUGGAAAUUCACAAAAAAAUUGUAAACAAAGCCUCUGAUUGGAUUAUAAGAAAGAGGGAAGCCAAUCAAAUAGUCUGAGCAACUGGAUUGGUGCUUCCUCCUUUUUAUAGUCCAAUCAGAGGCUUUGUUUACUAAUCUCUUGUGAAUUUCAAAUUGCAAUUUGUUCGCGUCGGAUGCAAAUUGCUCAGAGCAAUCUGACUAUCAAAAUUGCAAAAUUGUGGGACAAUAUUGCAAUAUUGCUCACAAGAGAACAUCCGGUUUGACUGUAAAAAGGCAUUUUUGUCUUGGGAGACCACUGGACCAAUAUUUUACUGCAGUAUAAAUAUGUACAUAGGGCCUUAUACAAUAAUUUCAACUUCAACUAUAAACAUUUGUUUACAAUCAAAGUCCGAACUUUGAAAUGAAUUUGCGAACUUUGUUGCAAAGUUCAUGCCGAACUUGAUAACAUAAUUGGCAAGUUCGCAACAAACUUGGGAACAGCGUGUUGAAAAGUUACCUGAAAUCGAAAAAUAAAAACCAUUCAAAAUGCAAUUUUGCCUGUGCAACAAAUUAACAUUUUGGGCGGGCGGGUGGGUGGGUAGGUGGGUCAAAAUUAUUAUUCUGUGAAGUUUUCACAAAUUUCACCCUGGCAAAAUUAAUAUAUUAAAAAAAGCUUGCCUCAAGCUAUACUAUAGACAGGGGCAGAUCUAGCAUGGGUGUGCAGGAGGUGUGCACCCCCACCUAGUGGUGUCUAGCACCCCCUAGAGAAGCGUAGCGCCACCAUAAAGGAAUCUGCUUGACCACCAUAUAUUUUCUGCUUUUCAAUUGAUCCUCUACUGUUAGUGUGUGUGUGGAUUUCUUGAAACGAUUUAAUUGAUUUGUGAGCUCAGGAGAAAAUACUCAGAAUGCUUUAGUUAUUUAAUCAUGGUUAAAUAUGUAAACAUGUCAACAUUGUUAUAUACAUCCAUACUUUCAAUUAUACUGUACUGUACUGUGCUAUAGCAAUUGUAUUGUCAAUAAAAAGCCAAUGAAUAUAAACUUUAUAAACAAAACAUGAUGUGAAACACAACAGAACAGCAAACAUGCAGAUGCAGCCUUCUCAAAUAAUGGUAAUGUUGGGAUAAUAGCAUUGCAGACUGCAGAGGAGAGUGGGCAUGCCGUAGGCUCCUUCACUCACCACCCCAUCCUUGCAGAUGAGGCUAGACCUACCCCUGGCUACAUAUAGGUAAUAAAAACGUUGAUUUGAUAAUUUGCAUGGCAACUUCAAAUAUGGACGUAAUGCACUAUAAUUAACCCAUUGAGUGGAAUGAGUGGCAGCACUCUUCACUUGACGAGUAAAAUCGCCUGACAUUAGACUGAGAGUAAAAUACUAAAGUAGGGUGCAUCAGGGUGCAUUGCUACUUAAAGGGUUAAGGACAAACCUUGCAGCUUGAUUAUUUUAUUGCAUAUGUUUAUGUUUCAAAUGUUGAAUGCCAAACGUGUCAGGUUUGAUGUUGGAAUAUAUGUGAUGUUGUAUCGAAUGAAAGGUAUAUUACAGAACUCGCCAAACUGUGGAAAAUCACAUCAAAAAUUUGUAUCGCCGCCACUCCUACAAACGGCCAUGACCGCACAUACACAUUUUUGCAUGUUUACAAUUCUAAUUUUUUAAACAGCCAAUCCGGUUCUUGAUAACAAUUACAAUUAAACAUCGAUUGGCUGUAAGGAUCAAAAGCAUAUUUACACUUUGCUACAAAAAUUGAAAACCUAAGAUUUUAAACAUAGCUUUGCGCCUUUGCCAUUCAGAGAUGCGCAUUUUGUCAGUGAAUGUUCAUGUUUGAAAAGUAAACAAACACAUUUAAAUUGUCAUUUGGCAUUUGACAUGGUUACUGUAAUUUGUUAUUCUAAUUACUUAAUUGUCUCCAGAAUAUUUCACAGGAAAGGAUAGACAUCAAAUUAUUUCUGAUUUACAAUAUAGAUAAUCCACCGAGACAGCAGUUUCUCAUUUUCAUCAACCCAUUUGGUGGCAAGGGGUCUGCUAUGAACUUGUUUAAAAAGAAAGUCAAACCAAUGUUAGAAGAAGCUGAUGUUCAAUAUGAGCUGAUAGUCACAGGUAACUGUCCCCCUGCUUUGCUAACUGCUUAGCUAACUGUUUAAACUACAAAAUAACAAGGGUACGUGGGUUGACUACAAAAUUUCUGUAGUUUGCUAUAACUACAGCUACUUCAAAAAUAUGUAUAGUCAGCUACAACUAUACUGCUACUUUUGAACAAAGGUAGUUCGCUACUGACUACAGCUACUGCUUAAAAAAUGUAGUGGCCUAUUUCGCUACGCCAUAUUUUUUAGUUUUACUGUAUUUAGAGCAUCUAUACUAACUCAGGCUGAAAUGUAACCUAUAACAAAUCGACUUAUGAGUAGCAACAAUAAACACAAAGCAACAUUUUUGUAAGCACUACAGUGUUCAGGAGUGCAAAUGACUAUUGAGUAUUGAUUUUUUAAAAGCAAACCAUGUCUCAAUAUCAUGCUAUUCUAUCAAGUUGCUAACAAUUUUGAAAAGUAGCGAAUAGCGAUUCGCUGUUUGAAAAGUAGUCAACUACUUGGCUACUUUUAGGCAAAAUGUAGUUCGCUAUAACUACAGCUACUGUUUUGAAAAAGUAGUCAAAAACUACUGGCUACUUGAAAAUUGUAGUUCGCUACAGUAGCGAACUACAAUUACUUCACUACUACCCACCUUUGCAAAAUAAAGCUACAAUCCUGGACAAAACAUCAGCACAACACUUCCAAUUAGUUGACCAAAUUUUGUAACAUUACAAAUUUAGAAAAACCUCCCUCUUACCCCUAUACCAAGGGUAGGGGAGUGGGGGAAAUGAGUCGCCAGCCUAAUAGUAAAAAAAAUGCCACAGAGGAAUGUUUUAAUAGAGUGUUGCAGAUGGUUUUGACCAGAAUUGUAGUUCACUAAAGCGAAGUAAUUUUGGUCAUGCAUACCAGAUUUUGCUUUUUUAACAUUUUUCAUUGCAAAUAUAUACGACAUAGAAAAUACUGCCUCUCAUAAAGUUGCAGUUAAUUGGUUAAAAAUGUAUAUUUAUAUGAUAAGGUAAUCAUGGUCCCACCUUAAUUAUUAUUUUUGACAAUUAACCCCCUCCCAUUUAGCAUUUUUUCAACUGUAUAAUUUAAUCUUGUUUGUCAGAACACAUGGGUCAUGCUAAAGAAAUCGUCCAAAAUAUGAAAGACUUCAAGAAGUUUGAUUGUAUUGUAUGUUGCAGUGGUGAUGGAAUCAUUAAUGAGGUAAAAACAGGUGUUCUUGAUGAAAACCUACAGUGGUGCACUGGAAUUUGGUUCUGGCCAGUUAGUUCUGGCCGGAACCCCGAUUUUUCAGAAUUCCGGUUCCGGCUAGAACUAAUAAAAAUGGCCGGAUGUAUGUACUUUUUCCAGUUCCAGUCAGAUCCGGUUCAGGCCGGAACUUUAAAAAUUUGUUCCGGUGCACCCCUAAAACCUACAGUGGUAUGUUUGUGUCAAGCUGCAAGCAUCCUUAACCUGGAAAUAAGCGUCAGGUCACACUGUCAUGGUCAUUGACCAGUACAACUACAUGAUUUCUAGUGUUUUGACAGGCAAUUUGUGUCCGUCAAUUUGCCCAAUUUGCAUUGUUCAGCGUUUCAACAAUAGAAAAAUUUCCUUCUCUUAAUCACUAAAAAUUUCCCUCUUUUUUCCAAAAUUUCCAUCCAUUUUUGAGAAAUAUACAAAAAUAAUUUAACUUCCCUUGAAUUUGAAGUUAAUCAAUUGUUGAUAUGAUAUUAUAAUUACAAAAAUACUCUGAUGUAUCCGUUGUAUCGACACAGCUCGAGAGAUUACAACGUAUAUGCCCAUACAAUUGUGCUACCAUAUAGUUGAUCUGAAAGUCAUUCUUCCAAUGUCUAUACUGUAGGUAAUAAAUGGUUUGAUGAGUCGUCCAGAUUGGCAAGAAGCCAUUAAGACACCAUUUGGUCAUAUACCUUGUGGUUCAGGGAAUGGACUGUGUGCCUCUUCAUUGUAUCAUUCUGGGUAACGUAUUUUAGCUACAUUUACUUGUUCUAAACUGUUCGCUUUGGUCGGCCAGUAAGGAGUAAGGAGUAAUUAGGACCAUGUAUUCCUUAUUGCUCUACUAGUGUAUUUAUUACAAGAAGAAAUUGGAAUACCUUGCAGGGAAAACUUGAAUGUGCUGUUUGGUUGAGUUUAGUUUUAACUAGAAAUGCCCAAAAACUUUUAUGAAUUCAGUUGUCGGAUAAUAGACAACUUGGAUAUUAGAAUAAUUUUUGAUCUUGGCAAAAAAAGUAAAUUCCCAUAAAGAACGUAUUAUUAAAAUUAGUAAAAUAGAUUGCAAAAUUUGGUUACGAGAUGUUGUAAAAUACGGAAAAUAUAGCCUUGCGAAGUUUGCGAGUUUCAUUGUGUUCUUUUUAGCUGUGGUGUUUGAUUCCCUUCUUUUUACUUGGAUUAGAAUUUAGUCUAACAUGCAAGUUGUCCAUUAAAAAGUGAAUACUCUCUGUUAAUAAUACAGAGAUACAAAGAUCGGAUACAAAUAUUCUCCAUUUUUUCCGGAUAUGAAGUUUCUUCCUUUUUUCCUGAUAUAAAGUUUCUACUUUUUUCCGGAUACAAAGUUUCUACCUACCUUUUUUCCGGAUACGGCUCAAAACAGGGAUUAUUCUCCUAUCAAAUUCGUCGUAUAAACGUUUCAUCAUUUGUUGUGUGUUAAGCUGACUGCCAUGGGUAAACUAUAUGAAGCACUUGACCUAAUGAAAGUAUAUAUUUUCUAGUGAACCAUUCGAUAUGAUAAGCUCAAUAUUUACAGUGCUAAGAGGCGAAGAAUGGCCUUUGGACAUUGUAAAAGUACAAAGUCCAGAGGUACAUUAUUCUUUCCUAUGCAUCGUCUUUGGCAUUGUAUCAGAUGUUGAUAUUGAGUCCGAGAAAUAUCGUAAAGUGGGGGACAUACGCUUUUCUGUCAUGGCUCUCAAGAAGAUUAUAGAGAAACGAACUUUCUCUGGCAAGCUCUCGUAUCUUCCAGUGGAAAAUGGUGAUUGUGUUAACGGUGCUAGUAGUACUUGUAGUUCUCGUGGUGAUGAAACUGUCGAACUUUCUGAUGGUACAUCGAAAUGCAAAGAGCACGGUAGUGAAGAGCAACGGAAUUUGGAGGAUGGGAAAUUAGAGGAUAAUAAUUUGAAGGAUGGUAAUUUGGGCGAUGGUAUUCUGAACGAUGGUACUUUGGAUAAAUCAAAAUCAGAACAACCAUCUAGCGAUGAAAUCUCGAAUUUGAAGGGUGAAAAAUUAGAUAAUGGUGGAAAAUUAGAUCAUGGUAAUGCGAGCAAUGGUAUUUUAGGCAGUGUUAAUCUAGCCAGUGGUAUCCCCAAUAAAUUUAUGCCCAAUUUCCAUGAACCGAUUCCAGAAUCUUGGAAUGUUAUCGAAGAUGAUUUUGUUGGUUGGGUAUUUGUAAGCACAACUCAUAUUGGUAAGAGCAUGUUUUGUGCACCAGAAGGAAGCUUAGGCGAUGGUAUUAUUCAUUGUAUGUGUUUAAAUGGUGACAUGUCUCGCUCAGAUCUCAUAAACACGUUAGGAAAAAUGGAACGUGGUGAACACGCAAGUGUAAAUGGUGUGUACAUGCUUAAAGCACGUGCCUUCAGGAUCGAGCCUUUUUCAGCAACGUCUGAGAUCAUCACAAUUGAUGGAGAGGUCUUUAACUGGAGCAAGCUACAGGCCGAAGUGUAUGGAGGACUUGGCCGAGUUAGGUGCUGUCGACCAGCGGAGUCUACCAAUAGAAAUAGUGACGAACAAUAAAAAAAUGAAAAUUUUAGUUCAAAAUGAACUUUGUCCCGUUUGAGAGGACUCGUCAAAUUGAACAAACACUUUGUUAAAAAAUAAUAACAAUUUGUUAAAUAAUUAUAUAGUGAUGCACUGAUGCAGAAAUUCACCGAUAUUAAAUUAUUCAUUGAAGUUGAGCAUGAUAUGAAAAAUGAUCAAGUCAGAAGUCUGUGUUAUCACUCCAAAGCCAGCCCUUGUGGUGUGGUCACCACGCUUGCCUUUCAAGCUGGGAGACCCAGGUUCAAUCCUUGGUCGGACCUCUACUCAAGGUCUUAAAAUAAUUGAGGAGAAAGAGCUUCCUUUACAUUGACAUCAUUAGAUGGCUAAACCCUGAGCAAACUAGGAAACAUUGUUGUGGAAACAUUUGUGAUUCUCGAUGUUUCCUCCUCAAAUGUUUCCCUGUUUGCCCCCCCCCCCCCGGAAACAUUGUUGCGGUGUUUGCCCACUCUGAGAAACAUGGCGAAACAUUGGCAGGAAACAAUGUUUCUGCAACAAUGUUUCCUAGUUUGCCCAGGACUUUCGUGUCUUCUCUGAUAAGGACGUCAAAACCUUGAAUCCCCUAUCAAUUAGGGCGAUACUCUGUUAGGAAAUCCGCUUACCAAUAAGUGAGAAACUCGAUAAAGCCGAAGGCUGAAGUUGAUAACACAAACUGAGGCCUUGACAAUUGACAAUUCCUAAUACAUUGCAAAAACAGAAUUCAGUAAUUGUUUUAUUGAAGAAACAAUGGCCGGUGGCAGGACAACAUUUGUGUUGUGAUACACGCGUAAAAAUUGAGAAAAUCAACAACCUGUUGCAAGUUGAUAUCGACAGGCGUGAACAACGUUGUGCGGCCCACUAUGAACAGUAUUGUCAACAUGUUGCAGCAUUGUUCAACUGUAACAACUUGGAACAACAUGGUUGACAACUUGUUCAUAGUUGGCCGCACAACAUUGUUCACGCCUGUCGAUAUCAACUUGCAACAACCUGUGCGUUUUUAGCCGUGUAAAAUUCCACGCUCCUUCGGCAGUCAUUGGCGUGACGUCAUAGCGUUUAGUAUUAACCAUAUCAACGUUAUGACGUCAUUCCGUUGAAUAUAAUAUCAAAACUCCAUAUUUUUUGGUCAACUAUCGAGUUGAUUUCACUUUCAUAAAUACUAGUGAAUAUUACUAAUUUAGGGCUGACUCAAUAUCGGUGCAUCACUUGAAAUUCACGAAUAACGUUGUAGAAACAUAAAGUCUAAGAAUUUUAUUUAAUUGAACUUGAUCUGAAAGUUGUUCGCAUGAAUUAAUUUGUAAUUUAUUUAAAUUAUUUUAUCUUAGAUUUCUAGUUCCGAACUUCAUAUUUGAAUGUUGUGUUCUCAUUAAAUUAAUAAAUUAUAUAUGUGUUGGGUAAAAAUACAGAUUCAUUAUCGGGUAAA